AUGGCUGCAGAUAUGCGGGCCAGUCCUCACUCGCGUUCUUUGUCGCUGCACACUCGCUUCGGGGGCCCCACCAAUCGUGAAACGCCCGGCUCUAAACCCAAAGGCUCCUUAUUGAAUCGAGCCCGGCGAUCCGUCCUUAGCUUUAACUCUCCCAGCCCCCAAGCUCCCCAUGUCUCCAAGAGACAACAAGACGACCCUCAAGAUCGCCCUGAUGUGAAGAGAACCAUGCCAUCAAGCGUGGCUUAUUCUAGAACGGAAAAUGCUCUGAGACUGGGAACCGACAAGUCGCCAACCAUGGACAGUCGCCCGAAGAACGAGGACGUCUUCUUGAACAUCGCCAGAACAGACUCUGGUCGUCGCGACUCGAUAGGACGCUCUGAUUUCCGCCGGUCACGGCUUGGAUAUUCCGGUCAGAGUCUACGGUCACCGUCAGAACAAACUCCCACACCCGAUCAGCGAUAUAGCAAUAUCGACCCCUUGCUUACGCAAAAUGUCUCCCCAACCACCCCCUACUCCUCCGUCCACACGCCGGCCUCAUCAGCCCAUCCCCUAGAUGACUCGAGUCGCCUGCGCUACAGUGGCCUGGGAUCCGGCGCGCGAUCUACGAUCGGCACCCCUCGAAGUCGUUUCAGUCGCACAAGUCCAGAGACAUCUCCGCGCACACCGUCUGUAGCGGAUGACCGACGGUCCUCCUUACACGAACCCCGCUUUAACCGCUAUUCGGGACUUUCUACAAUCCGAGGCAGUCGACAACCUUCCGCCUCUGAGGUGAACGACCGAGCGCGAACCGAAGCCGAGAGAUCGCGCGCUGAUGGAACUGAGUCGACCCUAUCGACCGCCGCUCCCUCUACAGUGUGGGACGAGCUGGAUGACCUCAAAGAUCGGAUCAAAAAGCUAGAGCUGACAGGGAAGCUGCCUCCAUCAUCUGCUGCAGCUAUGUAUAGCAGCCCCAAUGAGAGACCGCGCACCGCAACCUCGGCCAUGACUACCAUAUCCUCUUCACCCAAAUACCACCGCAAAGCCAGUGUUUCGGCUGGUGAUAGCGACUAUCAGAACCAAGUCCACCCUCUCCUGCAAUCCGCAUUGUCCAAGGCCAAGGCUGUUCUAAGCGGUGAGGUGUACACGUCCCUCGAAGCGACGAUCACCGAUGCGUUGAACCUUUCCACCGCGUUGGGCGUCAAUGCCGCUCCGUCAGGCACCGUCUCGGUCGUGAAUGGAGGAUACACUUCGCCUGAGAGACACGCCCGCCGCAAAGCGGACAGCGUGUGUCGCAGCCUGACUGAGCUUUGUCUGGCAUUGACAGAUGAGCAAUUGAAGAACGCCCGACCACAGUCGAGCCGUGGUGCAGGAGGGCAGCUCCAGCCGUCGAAUGGCGUGGAGCACGAUCACCGUAUGACCAUGCCCAUACCGACGUAUCAGCGAAAUGGGAACCAGGAACAUGAAGCGAAUGAGCGGCGCCAUUCCACCACUCGCAUUUCCAGCCGACUUGAAGCCCGUCGCGCGUCCUUGGUCAACACUAGCCCAGGAAACACAGACAUCAAACAGAGCCCGGCUCAAUCUCCGGGCAUUCCUACCCCAACCAGUCGUCUGAACCGGAUGUCAACAUCUCUCCGCAGUCGCAGGAUGACAGUCGGCGAGGAAAACGGAGAAAUGGAAAACCCGCACAGCCGUUCAGUCUCCAGAGCUACAACAGAAAUCGGCACACCAGUCCCUACUCAAGAGCCACCCCGGCAACGAUUCCACGGCAGCUCCUUCUCUCGCUCCGUCUCUGGUGUCCAGAACGAUUCUGGCCUAGGUCUCUCCCCACGCUCUCCUCAAUACCAGUCACAAGUUCCUCAACCACAGCAAUCACAGCCUCGAACACCCACCCUCUCAAACAGUCUCUCAUUCCGACGAAACAAUACCAUCCCUGCUUCAUACACACCAGCAACUUCCCGCUCCAACAUCCAAGCCGGAUCCCGCCGUUAUGGUCUCUCCCCAAGCUUCUCAACAAACAACGUACCAGUCGAGGAUAGCCCCAGAUCCCCAGUGGAACUUCCACAAACAAGGAUCUCGACCCCAUCAAGCAAAAUGGCCACAAGCUACACCCCAAUACAGCAAAAUCGGCUCCGAACCAACAGCCUAGGCGCUCGAAGAUUCGGUCUAAGGAAUCGCACCCCGGCCACGUCAAAUAACAAUGUAAACCUAGACGAUAGCAUUGAUUAA